AUGGAACACAUUUAUCAAUAAAAUACGUACACAAUGACAGACAGAUAUUGUAUAUCAUGUAUAUCAUACGCAACGAUAGAAUUUUUUAAAAACUUAAUUUAUUUUAAUUUGCAAUUUUCAAAUAUUAUUAAAUAACACAUUUUAGCCAACAGCUAAAUCAUCAUGUAAUAAAGAAUGCAUGUUCAUCUCUCUUGAUUCAAAUGAUUUUGGACAGAAUAUGAUAUUUCUUGAUGUUUUGUAAUUCGGUGUUUGUUUUGGUAACGUCAAUUGACAGAUUGACAAACUUAACCUCAUCUUCAAGGAGGUUAUUACGCUUUACAUAUUGUUAAAGAUUUUCAUAUCUACAAUCAUGUCUAAUGCAUCGCAAGUAUCUGACGAACCUUAUCACGAAUUAGGAGGAUUACGUGGUUCUGAAUUGAAUGUUAAUUCAGAAAAUGUUUCAAGAUGUAACAGAAAUUUUCUAAAUUGCGUUGAACGUUCUUUGGAACUUUCUUCCGUUGCAGUUAUCCCAGAUGAUACAUUUACUGUUAUCCAAGCUAUCAAUGCAUUAGGAUUUGGAAAAUUUCAAGUUAAGCUGUCUUUAUUUACUGGUCUUUGUUGGAUGGUAGAUAGUAUGGAAAUAACAAUAUUAAGCAUUUUAAGUCCAUCCUUACACUGUGAUUGGGGUAUAACUAGAUAUCAACAAGCUUUAACAACCACGGUUGUUUUUCUUGGUAUGAUGCUAAGUUCCACAUUUUGGAGUAAUUUAAGUGAUAGAUAUGGUAGUAAACAAUCCUUAACUUUAUGUGCAAUAUUGCUGCUUUAUUAUGCUUUCCUAAGUGCCUUUGCACCAAAUUUUUUAUGGAUCUUAUUGCUUAGGGGAUUAGUUGGUUUUGCUAUUGGUUGUGUCCCACAAUCAGUAACAUUGUAUGCAGAAUUUCUUCCAGCAAAACAAAGAGAAAAAUGUGUCAUUCUGUUAGAUUGUUUUUGGGCACUUGGAGCUUGUUUUGAAGUGGCAAUAGCACUGGCAAUAAUGCCAACUUUUGGUUGGAGAUGGCUUCUCAUUUUAUCAACAAUACCACUUCUUGCAUUUGCUAUCAUCACUCCAUGGUUACCGGAAUCUACAGUAUUCGAUAUAACCAGAGGAAGAAUGGACAAAGCUAUUUCAACUUUAGAACGAGUAGCAAGAGAAAAUAAAAAACCUUUACCUCCAGGAAGAUUAGUUAUGGAUCGUUUUUAUCAAGUUAAUCAUGGUAAAUUGAAAGAUGUAUUAAGCAAAGAAAUGUGUAAAACAUCUACUUUACUUUGGCUUGUGUGGAUGAGUACAGCAUUUUGUUAUUAUGGUGUUGUAUUGAUGACUACGGAAUUAUUCCAUACAUCAUCUGAACAAUGUAGUUCGUGGGAAAGCAAAAAGGACAUUUGUCAAUUAGAUUGUCGUUUAGAGCGCAGUGAUUAUAUUGAUCUUCUUUGGACAACAUUAGCCGAAUUUCCAGGAAUCUUUUCUACUAUUUUUGCAAUUGAAAGAAUUGGUAGAAAAAAAACAAUGGCCUUUCAGCUAAUAAUGUUUGCCAUGUUAAUCUGUUUCUUAGGUAGAGCCUGUCUAUUAAAUAGAGCAGCAUUAACACUGGCAAUUUUUCUAGCUAGAGGAUUAAUUGCUGGUGUGUUUCAAGCUGCUUAUGUGUAUACUCCAGAAGUGUAUCCGACUCAUUUACGUAGUAUUGGCGUUAGUACUUGUAGUGCAAUGGCUAGAAUUGGUGCAAUGGUUACACCGUAUAUAGCACAAGUAUUUCUUCAAUGGUCUAUUACUGGAGCAAUGGCAAUUUAUGCUGCAACAGCAUUAUGCGCUGCAAUAGCUACUCUUGCUUUACCUGUUGAAAGGAAAAAUCAAACAUCUAAUGAUACAUCUCAAGAGACAAGAUGAGUUUUCAAUAUUUUUUCGUCUCCUUUAACUGUUAAAAAAUACUAGAAAAGAAAAAUGUAUUUUCGUUGACAUUACAAUGUUCAGUUGUAAUUGUUAAACCAACAAUUUUUUAAUAACGAAACAAAACUUAUUUCUAUUUAUUAUUAAUAUUCAUUUAUUUCAUUUUUACAAUUUUAUAGUUACAUAUAUAUGCACAACUAUUAUUUUUUGUUUUUAAUUAUUUUUAUUUUAUAAUAUAAAUUAGUAGUAUAAAUUAAUUACUUGAAUGAAUAGGAUACACUAUACAUCAGAAAUUAUUUAAUAUAUAUUUACUUUCCUGUAAUAACUUUAGAUGACAAUAAGAUUUAAACAUAUAAGAAAUGUCAAAGACUGAUAUAAAAUAUUAAAUAUUAAUAUAUAACAAAAGUGCCAAAAUGCACAAUGUGCAGGAUUAAUGUACACCCACAAUAAACCAUGAUUUUUAUUAAAAACGUA